AUGUCGACCAGCAGAAACUCGUCAUACACAAAUCCCAUGCUGCCGGGAUGGCACUCUGAUCCAAGUUGCAUCUUCGUGGCUGAGGAACACAAUUCCUUCUUCUGUGCGACAUCAUCAUUUCUCACCUUUCCGGGAAUGCCAAUCUACACCAGCAAGGACUUGGUAAAUUGGAGGCUCUCUAGUCACGUAUUCUCUAGGCCAUCUCAAGUGCCCCAGAUUGGAAAUACUACUGUCCAAAACGGCGGUCUCUGGGCAACGACCAUUCGGUACCACGAUGGCAAAUUCUACGCAAUAGUAUCAUACACUCCAGAAUCGCCGUUCGUUGUUACCGGGUUCAUCUUCACGACUAGCAACCCAUAUGAUAAUAGUGCGUGGAGCGAUCCGCUAGUAUUUCCGCUGAUUGACAUUGAUCCAAACCUGUUCUGGGACGAGGACGGGAAGACAUACAUCCAGUUCUCUGGCAUCCAUCAGCAGACCAUUGAUCUUGAGACGGGUGCCCUCGGCCCAGCAAGCAUUAUAUGGAAAGGCUUCACUGAAUAUAUUCCCGAGGGGCCGCGCAUGUACAAGAAAGACGGCUACUAUUAUCUCAUGAUUGCCGAAGGUGGAACAGAGCUGGGACACCACGAAGCCAUCGCUCGUUCGAAAAAUAUCUGGGGCCCUUAUGAGGGCUACUCAGCGAAUCCCAUUCUUACGAACACCAACACUACCGAGUAUUUCCAGACUGUCGGCCACGCAGAACUGUUUCAAGAUGCGUCUGGAUAUUGGUGGGGCUCCGCCCUUGCCACAAGAUCUGGACCUCUAUGGGAAAACUAUCCAAUGGGUCGUGAGACUGUCUUAUUUCCCGUAACAUGGGAAGAGGGCGAAUGGCCCGUUCUACAGCCAGUCCGCGGCUUAAUGAGCGGCUGGCCACUGCCACCACAGACGAGAGAAAUACCAGGAAGUGGACCGUUUAUUCAAGAUCCAGAUAUCAUUGACUUUCCUCCGGGAUCAGCGAUCCCACCACAUUUUCUAUACUGGCGAUUCCCACCAAAAGAUGCGUUCGCAGUCUCUCCUGAGGGUCAUCUCAAUUCUCUUCGGCUACGUCCGUCGAAGUCAAAUAUCACGUCCAACGAACCGCUGACAACGAUAGAAGAACUGAGUCUCAUCAUGCGUGUACAAACAGACACCUUGUUUAGUUUCAGUGUCGAUGUUAUUUCGUUUGAGCCAAAAGUGCAAGAGGAGGAGGUUGGCGUGACGGCUUUCCUCACGCAAACACAGCAUCUUGACUUGGGCAUUGUGCUCUUGCCUGUGAGCUGUUGCGGAUCAAAAGACAAGGCGAAACUAGCUCCCCAUUUACGAUUCCGUGUCACAAAUGUACCCGCCCUAGCAGGAAACUUUAAUGGAACCUUGCCAACCGUCAUAAAAACGUUGCCGGAGAGUUGGCUGGAUGCACCUAUACGACUACAUAUUGAUGCGGUCAACGAGACUCAUUACGCACUAUCUGCUGCAUCAUCGAAGGAACCCGGGGUAAUUGAGCUCAUGGGCACAGCACCUGCAACGAUUUUGAGCGGAGGCGAUGGCGAAUUUACUGGUAAAUUUCUUCUAUUUUACAUGAGUCUCCGUUCAGAAAAAAUUGCUACCAAAAUGGUUAUGGACGCUACUACAUUUUUAAACCUAUGUCAUGUUUCCUUACUGACGAAUUUCCAGGCACGCUCGUCGGAGUGUAUGCUACUAGUAACGGUGGUGAAGGAACGACAGAGUCAUAUAUCAGCAGAUGGCGCUAUCAAGGCAAAGGGCAAGAUAUCAACAAUGGUACAUUCGUACCAUACAGUCCGUUCAUACAGUCUGUUUAAUGCAUUCGGCUAA